AUGGAUUUUGAUUCAAUUUUCCAAAACCAAAACCUUCACUUCUUCCCUGAAAAUUCCUCUGUUUCUGGGGACCCUUUUUCUUGGGAGGACAACUUUAUUUUCUUCAACGAUGACAACACUCUUCCCUUCAACUUCAUCAACCACUCACAAUCACAAUCACAAUCACAAACCAAGGAAUCAUCCUCUGAAUCCAACUCUUCAGCAUCUCAUGGUAGCGUUGACUCACAAGAAGUCUCCUCCAAUACAACUCAUGCAUCAUCAUCACCUUCACCACCGUCACAACCAUUAAUAUCAUCAUCAUCAUCACAAAAGGAAAGAAAGCUGUUCAGAGGAGUAAGGAGGAGGCCAUGGGGUAAAUUCGCGGCAGAGAUAAGGGACUCAACAAGAAAAGGGGUUCGAGUGUGGAUUGGAACAUUUGACACAGCUGAAGAAGCAGCUUUGGCUUAUGAUCAAGCAGCUUUCUCAACAAGGGGUUCUUUAGCAGUGUUGAAUUUCCCUGAGGAAGUGGUGAGGGAGUCCCUCAAAGACAUGGUUAGUAAUUAUAAGCCUUGUGAAGAAGGUUCCUCACCUGUGUUGGCACUCAAGAGAAAGCACUACACCAUGAGAAAAAACUCCACUAAGCUUAGUAAAAAGAAAACCAAGAACUAUCAUGACAUGGAUCAGUUAGAGAUCAACACUUCCCAAAAUGUGCUUGUCUUGGAGGAUUUGGGUCCUGAAUAUCUAGAGCAACUUUUGAGCUUGACUUCAUAG